CCAUCGAUUCGGUGUACGUUUUACGGAUAUUUUCGCGAAAAAUGUAGUGAUAUCGUGAUAGCGCUCGUGAUGUAUACAUUUCUCAGAAAUGUGUUUGGAGGAGGUGACUCGGUUCUCUGGUAAGCACGACGUUGCGUCUGCGGCAGUGAAAAAGUUCUCUCGUAUAUUACUUCGUUCGCCCACCAAACGAAUAGAGCCGGUAACGUGUCAAAACUAUUUCGCUCGAGCAGUGAAUUCAGCACGUCGUGAUUUCUUUUCGCGACUGGACGUCUGCUGUCACACGACUGAAACAAGAGCUUCGAGCACGGAUCAACUUUGCAUAAUCGCUAUCAAGACCGUCCUUCUGCCACAACGUUCCAUGAAGUCGACGAACGACGGAGCCGAGGCCGAAGAUCGAUCGUCGAUCGUCGCCGUUGAACACAACUGCUCGGAACACUAUCGCACGAUUCGCUCGAUCUCUAGAUGAAUCACCGUGAUCUACUGUGUAAUCUACAAGCAACGAGAGUCGCGCUGAACGAAUCAUGUACAAAAUAUUGCGUCGCGGCUCCGGCCGCGUCUUCGUCCUCUGCAUCGUGGUGCUGUCGCUCCUAUUAUGCCUGUACUACGUCAGCCAGGUCCAGGCACCGUCGUCAGGUCAUCCUGCCAUUCUGAACGAGGAGCUCAGAUACGAUCGCAGCUUGACCUCCGUCACUCCGGAUUACAGCGAGUCUCCAGAUGCACAGGUGUCGCUCGCCACCUGUCCCAUAAUUGUGCCGCGAAACGCCGACAUCGACGCCCAGCAGGAGUUCGGCAAGUUCGACUUUCAGCCCUCAUGGAUGCGGAGUCGGGAAUACUGGGACGACAGUUUCGAGGCACGUUUCGCGGAGCUGCGGAAAGAUCCGACGAGACCACCCCUGAAGGUUAUCCUUGUGCCUCACAGUCACACCGAUCCAGGAUGGCUGAAGACAUUCGAGCAGUAUUUCCACAGUUCUACGAGGAGCAUCCUAAAUAACAUGGUCUCGAAACUGCAACAAUGGCCGAACAUGACCUUUAUCUGGAGCGAGGUUUCAUUCUUAUCACUAUGGUGGGACAGUGCUCACCCGACGAAGAAGAUGGUCAUAAAAAGAUUAGUCAAGGACGGCCGACUAGAAAUGACCACCGGAGGCUGGGUCAUGACUGACGAAGCGACUUCUCACAUUUAUGCUAUGCUGGACCAACUCAUUGAAGGUCACCAAUGGUUGAAAACGAAUCUCGACGUGAUACCCGAGUCGGGCUGGUCCGUCGACCCGUUCGGCCAUGGCGGUACUAUACCCUACUUCCUCAAGGCUUCCGGCGCGUCCGGCACGGUGAUCCAGAGGAUACACUACGCGUGGAAGCAGUGGUUCGCCAAGAAACAGUACGGCGACUUCGUUUGGCGACAGCCGUGGGACCGCGAUGGCGCAGCCGACAUGCUCACUCACAAUCAACCGUUCGACAUCUACAACAUCAAGCACUCGUGCGGUCCACAUCCGCACGUCUGCCUCAACUUCGACUUCCGUAAAAUACGCGGCGAAUAUACGGAGUACUCGGUUCGCGCCGUUGAGAUCACGCCUAACAACGUUAAGCAGAUGGCCGAGCUGUUGCUGGAGCAAUAUGCGAGAACCGGCUCGUUGUUCACUCACAAUGUCGUGCUGAUGCCACUCGGCGAUGAUUUUAGAUACGACCACGCGAUCGAGUGGGAUCAACAGUACACCAACUACAAGAUCCUGAUGGACUACAUAAAUAGUCGGAAGGACGAGUAUAAUGCUGAGGUGGUGUUUGGCACGCCGAAGGAUUAUUUCCACGAGAUACAAAAGCGCGUGAGCAAGUUCCCAUCGUUGACAGGCGACUUCUUCGUAUACUCGGAUAUUUUCAGUGAAGGUAGACCGGCCUAUUGGAGCGGCUAAUUUACUACCAGGCCAUACAUGAAGAUUCUGGACCGCGAGCUCGAGGCGAAUCUCAGAUCUGCCGAGAUCCUUUACACGAUCACACUAAAUCUCGCCAAGCAAUCUGGCAAGGAUAUAAAACUUUACGAGACGUAUUUCGAGAAGUUGGUUAAGGCGAGACGUAAUCUGGGUCUAUUCCAGCAUCACGACGCGAUUACCGGUACCUCAAAAUCCUUUGUUAUGAAAGAUUAUGCGUUGAAACUCUUCGAGUCAAUCUCGGAUACGACGAGCCUGCAAAGCUUUGCCAUCCAGUCUCUCGCGGCCACCAUCAGCGGCAAGUCAAAUUCCGUCUAUGUGUUGUCCGAAUCGGAUAGAGACAGCUACGAGAAGCUGCCGAAGAAGAUACCAAUCGGCGUGAACAGUCAUGAGACUAGGAAAAUCGUUCUGUUCAAUCCAUUGGCGCAGUCCAGGCAGGAAGUAAUCAGUCUCAAAAUUACGUCAUACAAAAUCAAAGUUUUGGAUCCUCAGAAGAACCCCAUACCUUACCAGAUCGCGCCUGUGAUGAACGCCACGAGCAUUACGCAUGAUGUGUACGUCCUGCUUUUCGUAGCCGAGCUAAAGCCGCUAUCAAUCGCCACAUAUCACUUGCGGCAAGUCGACAAAGUGCCGGCAGAGGCUAUCUCGACGGUGUAUUGCAGCCGUUGUGGCAAGGACAAUGUCUUUCCUAUCAAACCCAUGCAAGUGGGUGACGUACAGCUCGAGAAUCAGCGAAUGAAACUGCUGUUUGACGGACAGACGGGUUUCCUGAAGCGCGUGACGAAGAAAUCCACCGGCAAGAUCAUGCAGUGCGCCGUGCAGUUCGCUGCGUAUCCUUCGGCUCAGUUCCAUAGUGGUGCCUACCUCUUCAUGCCUGAUCCUAAUCUCCGGGACACCGACAAGGAUGUCUUAGAGGCAUACACGCCGCAUCAGAAGAUCUAUAUCAUCAGCGGUAACUUGAGUUCCCGCCUUACCGUUGAGUAUGGCAAAUUACUGACGCACCAUGUGGCGAUCUACCAUCGCGACGGCGGCCUUGGCGAAGCCAUCUACCUACGCAACAUUGUGGACUUUGAAACGCCGCCGAAGAAUCGCGAGACGGAGAUGUUUAUGCGUUUGCAAACCGAUAUCUCGAACGGCGAUCCGCCCGAGUUCUACACCGAUUUGAACGGUCAUCAGAUGAUCAAACGUACCAAGAUCGAGCGCAUCGGCAUCGAGGGUAAUUACUUUCCCAUUACAACCAUGGCUUACAUCGAGGACUCGAGUCACCGACUGACGCUCUUAGUGAACCACUGCCAGGGCGCGGCCAGCUACCAGCCCGGCUGGCUCGAAGUGAUGCUGGAUCGCAGAACUCUAUACGAUGAUUCACGGGGCAUGGGUGAGGGUCUGCUGGACAAUCGGCGGACUGUCAUCAAGCAUUGGCUCCUACUUGAAGAUAUAAGUGGUGAAAAAGACAAAUACUCGAGACCGUCGCUGUUCGCUAAUCAUCUAAGCAACACUCUCAAUUACCCGGUAAAUAUUUUCGUGGUGGACGGUAACGAGCAGGAGGUCACGAUGACGCCGGAGGUCAGACUGCUGAGUCAAAGCUUCCCAUGCGACCUUCAUCUGCUCAAUCUACGCACCAAUCACGAUCAGAAACUGCCACAUUUCCCAGUGAACAGCGCGCUCAUGGUGCUGCACCGGCAGGGCUACAGUUGUUCCGUGGGCAUCGACGUGGCUCUGAAGCACUGUCCACUCAUAGAGAGACUUGCGCAGGGCACCGCGUUCUACAAGCUCGACAAGGUCAACGUCACGAAGACGUCGUUGACUGGCACGAAGUCGGGCGCCCGUUUGAAAGACGGUUUCCAAGAGAUCGGCCUGCAACCGAUGCAAGUCGAGACGUACAAUGUGAACUUCGUGCAAUGAUCCUAAGCCACAAGCCGAUCGGCCGUCGACCCGUUCGCGUUGAUCGGUUAGCAAAAUUCCAAGAGUACACAGGCGUCUUGCCCCUUCCGAAUGACACUGCCGUAUAUUAAUCGUGUUGAAUACUACCUCUGACUCUUUGUGUAACGCGUGACGUUGUUAGCGGCGAAGAACGGAACUUUGCGGAAGCGAUACAGCAGCGAAGGUAAUCAAUAAUUUCUGAGACGAAAAAAGUGACAAAUAACGUUGACUACUCUAGGACAAUUGAAUUAAACAAUUGAUUCAUACGA